UCUGGCAAUUUUGUCUUGGCGGCUUCUCUCAGAUUGGGUCUACCUUUGUCUUUACCACCUUGGGCCACUAAAUGUGAAUGUGGAAAGUCACUAGAUGUUGAAGGGUACCAUUUACUAACAUGCAAAAUGGGUGGAGGCCCAGUUUGGUCUCACAAUUCUGUUGUUUUGUGCUGGUCUGAAUGCAUGAGCAGUCUACAAUGCCAGCAUCAAAUUGAACCAAAAGAUAGAUAUACAACAUCCAACAAUAGAGCAGACAUUGUUGUGUUUGACUCAACAUGUGGGGGAAAUGUCGAGCUUGAUGUGGCCCUUGCUCACCCCUGGAGCCAGGACAUUCUGCGAAGUGCAGCAACUACGGAUGGAGCUGCAGCAAGAAGAAGAGAAGACAUCAAACAUAGCAAAUAUUCUCAAGAGCAGUUGCCUGGAGGGUACGCUCCUACCCUUAUUCCACUAGUUUUCGAGCACUUUGGUGAGUGGGGAGAAGAAGCAUCAACGUUCCUCAAUAAACUUUCCAAACUAUAUAGAGAUGAAGAAGGAAGAAACAAUCCCUCAGAUUUUAAAACACAUUGGAGAAGACGCUUGUCAGUACAACUUCAGCGUUGCAAUGCCUCGGUGUUGGCUAGAAAGAUGAUCAGAGUAACAUAUGGACAGAAUACUGACCAGAGUUUAGAUGUUGUUCAACUUUCAAUUCAGUAAACUAAAUUUCGGUUUGUAGGCUCCGUAGGGGAGCUUU